AAAAGGCAGCUUCAGUCUCGCAGCAACCGCGGCUCGCGCCGGCCGCAUCAAAACGAUAUUUUAUUUUUACAUUACGUAUUUGGUUUCGCGUAGACUUGGACGGCGGUAGUUGAGCGGCGCGUUUUGUGCAACAAAAUUGUGUUUUUGGACCCUAAAAUGGAACAAAAUGAACAUUUGGAUAAUAAAAUAAUAAUUGAUCACCCGGCAAAAUUGUUUACCGCAACUUAACGCAGUUCAAACUAGAAUUUAUUUUCGUUUAUUACAUUUGUUUCACAUUUGUUUAUUAGCAACGACAUAUUGGGUUCGAUUGAUUUGUUAUUUUUACGUUUCCAAUGAAACUGUAACUUGAAGAAACUGUACUCCCGGACGGAAAGAGAAAAAGGAAGAUGGCGCUAGCUUCUUCUGUGAGCUUGUAUUACUCCAUCGUGCAACGGGCCGCAAGACAUUACUUAGAAGAUUAUUGUCACACAGAUACCACAGCGCCCUAUGUGCUCUACAAAGAUGGCGUGGAGCGAGCUCCACCAGGAACCCAAUGGGGUGGCACUGUGCUCGACGGAGGGUACCAAAUGCAGCAUCAGAGUCCUGGCGGGCCCUCACCUCAGCCUGAGCCACAGCUGGCUUCUCCAGCACCAUCACCCUAUCCGCCCGCGCCUCCACCUCAAGACCCGUCUGAUGAGGCGGCACAGCAACUGGCUCAACAGCAAGCUCAACAGCAGGCCCAGCAACAUGCCCAACAGCAAUCUUCCACGGAACAAAUGCAAGUUGAACAACAGCUCAGCCAAGCCCAGCAAUCGCAAGCACAAGACCAUCUCGAUCGUACGCCAUGCUUCGUCCCACAAUCGGACUUGCAACAACAAUACACACCAUACUUUAAAGAGGCCAGGCCCACUAGCCACAUGCUCGGUACUGGGGGCUUUCCUCUGCACUACUUAAAACAAAACGGAGGAGUCCUAUCGCUAGAAGGACCUCUAGACCAAUAUUCUACACCUGAUUUGCGUCAUCUACCAGAUAUCGUUCAGCCUGAACAACCAAAACCCAGAAAGCAUAACCCGAACUCUGAACUGCGCCUGUUCAAGUGCCUAACCUGUGGCAAAGAUUUCAAACAGAAGUCGACCCUACUCCAGCAUGAGCGGAUUCACACGGACUCGAGGCCGUACGGCUGCCCGGAGUGCGGCAAGAGGUUCCGGCAGCAGUCCCACCUCACCCAGCAUCUGCGCAUCCACGCCAACGAGAAACCUUACGCUUGCGUGUAUUGCCCGAGAUCGUUCCGGCAGCGCGCCAUCCUCAAUCAACACCUGCGCAUCCAUUCCGGUGAGAAGCCCUAUACGUGCGGCGAAUGCGGCAAACAUUUCCGCCAGAAGGCCAUCCUCAACCAGCACGUCCGCACACACCAAGACGUAUCGCCGCAUCUGAUCUUCAAGAAUGGGACCACGCCGACGCUGUGGCCUCAAGAUGUGCCUUUCCCGCCCGAUGAAAACAAAGAAGAAAUUCAAUCAGCGUUCGGCGACGCUGACGGACAGAACGGCGAGCAACGUGGCUCUUGCUUUUCGCCCGGUGACACGGCGCAGUAUCCUGCAUAUUUUAAGGAUACGAAGGGACUUAACCACACAGUAUUUGGUUCAGGACUAUCGCUGCAAUACUUAAAGGGCGGUAAGCUCCCUGAUGUUCUCGGUGGACGCGCAAUGCCACUGUACGUACGCUGUCCCAUAUGCCAGAAAGAAUUCAAACAAAAAUCAACGUUGCUCCAGCAUGGAUGCAUACAUAUAGAGUCUCGGCCCUAUCCGUGUCCAGAGUGCGGCAAGAGGUUCCGUCAACAAUCACAUUUAACUCAGCAUUUGCGUAUCCACACUAAUGAAAAGCCAUACGGUUGCGUGUAUUGCCCUCGGUUUUUCCGCCAACGAACCAUUCUGAACCAACAUCUUCGCAUUCAUACUGGAGAGAAACCGUACAAGUGUACGCAAUGCGGGAAAGACUUUAGGCAAAAGGCGAUUCUUGAUCAACACACAAGGACGCAUCAAGGGGACCGGCCAUUCUGCUGUCCAAUGCCUAACUGCAGGCGGCGUUUUGCUACUGAGCCAGAAGUAAAGAAACAUAUAGAUAACCAUAUGAACCCGCAUGCGGCUAAAGCACGUCGCGCAGAUGCUAAAACUCCGCGUCCGCUCCCGCCGGCUUCAGCUGUUGUGAAGCCCGAGCUGUACUUCCCGCAGUGUUAUGCUCCGCCGUUCCAGCAAUUCUCCAGCGGCGCCGAGUUCAAGCCGGCCGUUGGUCCCGGCGCGACCGUGGCAUGUCUGCCCACACAGUGACCCGCGCCCCCGCGGUGGCCGCCAGGGCCUCCCGCGCCUCAUCAUGCCCCGUCGCAUGCGCCCACGCACCACGACCUCUACGUCGACCGCCUCUACUGAGCCCUCCAGCCGACGUUGCUUGCCAUCACGACGUAAAGAGUUGCGGUACGCACCAGUAUACGACUCGCCUAUGCGAGCUUAUUUUAACGAGAUAUCGGAUCGCUGUAAACAUGCUUCGAUCAUUAAAUAACAAUAAUCGAAAUCUGUCGCGAAUGUACAGUUUUCGAGAGUUCACAUGAAUAGUGUUACCGUUCAAAAUGCGAGUAUAGAUAGCGUUUUUGCCCCGUAAUAUUAAGUUACCACGUAAGAGUUAGGUUUCUCUGUGAUUCUUCAGUCGAAACUUACGUCUUGAUCCGAGCGGAUUGAACCAGAGAUUAGAAUUUAAAAACUCUUCGUUGAAAUAUAAAAAGUAAGAAAUUCUCUUUUACCACGUAACGGUAUUUCGCGAUGAAUGCUUUAGGGACAAGAUGGAGCCCAACAAAUAAUAUUAACGUAGAUGUUAUGUUAAAUUUAUUUACGAGUGUUAAGAUUAUUGUAUCUGGCAAACGCAGGGUAAGGAGAAUGAUAAAAAAUGCUCAAAUCUUUAAAAGUUACUUAAAAUUUUCGCGUAAAAAUUGCGCUUUAAACUUAAUCGGUAUAAAAUUAAGAACAGUAAAACGAGAAAGCAAACCAAAAACGUAGGUUACCUAUCGCCAUCAAACGUUUAUUUUAGUACUUACGGAGUUAAUAAUGCAUUUAAUCUAAACGGGAUACUUUUAUCUCCAUAACUUGUAGGUGCCAAAUAAUUUAGUAUUCCGGUCAAUGUCCAUUGUUCGGUAACAGUAAUAGGGAUGGAACAUCGUAAGACCAGGCAAGGCAAUGAACACAGCAUACACAGAAAAUGGAUAUUGACUGUACCAGCUUAUUUCCUAGGCCUAGUUAGGUUGUUACCAGUUUUUUCAAGGAGACGAUUUGGAUGCAUUUACGUGGGAAAGAGCCAGACUGAAGGACUGUGAUAGCUAGGUAAGUUAGGCGUCUAUUUCGCUCAUUUAGCGUUUAAAAUUCGUGUAAACUACGAAAAAAUGAGGACAAUGUCGUAUGAUUGAUAAAAAAAUACUCGUGAUUUGUUGUAUUAUGUUUUUGAAUCAAAAUUGUGGGGCCUUUGACCGCGCCUUUUCUCGACUGAUUUAAAUUUGUCACGAGUGAGAUUAGAGAAUUUUUGCCAAUUAGAUAACGUGUGAUGUCGCAAAGUGCUUUUCGAUGUAGGAACGGAGAGAGGGUUAUGCCAGAGAUAUGUUUUACUUAAUUUUAGCUUAGACUAUCGUUCGAAUUACCAAGCAAUUCGAUCAUUCAUCGCGAAAUAAUUUAGCAAAUAGGAAAAAUAUAUAUAUGUAUGAAUGUUGAAGUAUUUUGGCGCCGACAGAGCCUCGUUUAUGUCGCGUCCUCAAUAGAUACAGGUAUCCAGAAUUACAUUACAGAAUAUGAAUAGGUUUUGAACAGAGGCAUGGUAUAUUAAAUAUAUCGACUUUGUUGUUGCUUUUCUCUCCGAGUGCUUGUUGUCGGUGCUUAGGCCAAACGAAAGACUACAGUGAGAGAAUUCAUUUAUAGCAGAAUAGAUCAGUUUUGUUGCAAGUAUUUCGUUUAAUAUAAGCUUUCGUUUAGUCUUGACGACUAUAAACUUCGCGGUGCCAGAAUACGGAAACACAUUUUUAACUUUUUAUCAUCUCUGUUUGUAUGUAUAGACGACAUAUAUAGCUUAUUUUACGAUAUUAUUGUGAUGGUUUAGUUUUCCUACAGCAUAAGGGAUGUUACGUAUUAACUAGUAGAUAAUAGUAUGUAUUUGUGGAGGUACUUGUCACAUUAACCGGAUACCAUAGUUUUAAUUUGUCGCUAACCAAGCGACUGGACGUUUUAUUUGUAUGUUUGUUGUUGGUUUUACUAAAGAAAUUAGUCAUUGGACAGUUAUGAAAAUUCAAUACUUCGCAAUUCUGAGGAUCGAUCAUGUCAAUGUGUUAAGACAAAUCCUUAAUCAAACCCAAUUUAAAUACAGCAAUAGAUUGAUAUCAGAAUUGGUGAGUCGAUCCGUCGCGUUUAAGUUUCUGAUUGUUUUUCCUAUCAAACUUUCGGAGGUUUACAAGCAAAAACACCAUUAUCGAAGAUUUUUGAGAUUAUCUUCAGUGACUAUAUUUAUCCUCAAGUGAUCCUCCUGAGAAGUGAGGCGAUGCCCGCCCGGCCACACAACCAAUAGUUUACAAGCCAGUUCAGAAUGCUCAAAUUUUAUUAUCUGACACCCAAACACAGACUAUAAAACUCGUUGAAACUAUGCCGUCACAGUCACCUAAUAAAAUUUGACCCACAAUAUUUACCCACCACAAUACAGCAGCCUUAUACAAUAAUAGUUAUAAGUAUUUUUAUACAGUUUACAAUAUAUACGUUUAUAACGGCCGGGCGAGCAACGUCGCACUGUACAAGUUUGAAUACAAACACAAAAUACAGUGCCAUAGCCGAGAACUAACCUCAGAUGUAUAAUUAGAUUUUUAUACCGAUACAAAUGGAUUUAAUUUUUAAAUAUAAACAAAGGUGAUUAAGUAUACAGAGAUUAAAGAUGAUAUUUUAUACAUUUAUUACAUACAAUAUUAUUAAAGGUAAAUGUGAAAUAGACUAACAUUUUAGUGUACCACGUGUUAAGUAUCAGGAAAUCAGGUUUUUGUAAAUUACGCGAGUGAGUGCUGGACAUCAAAUUUCGUAUGUCCGACGAAUGUUAAAAUCCGUUAUUACCUUAUCAGCGUAAAUACAUAUCACAAGCAGAGUAUAUGUUAAUAUUGAUUUUUCGACAAGUUCCAAAAAUUGCUCAGAUUUUUUCGUUAAUUUUUGCUCAAUUAUUCGUGUAUUAUGUUACUUGUGUUAGUUUUAUGAAUCCUUGUAUAAUUGUAUAAUGUUCUAGAGAGCACGGUUCCGCUUUUCUUUUAAUUAAGUGUGUGUUGUCAGUGUGAGAAUUCAGUUACUUGUCGUUAAUGCUUUGUGUUUAAUCUGUGCCGUCCAAUAAUUUUGUCACAGAUUUGUAUUUGAAUUUAAAUGUUGCAAUGUUUUUAUGUCUUAACUCCACUGACUGUUAUUUAGGUUCUUUUCUAUGUUCCUAGCCUACGUAAUGUUUUUUUAACCGCCAAUUUAAAUUUACCAAUUCCUUUAAUGACACUUUAAAAUCCGCUAGAACAUCUAACUUAACAUCGAUUUAUUUAAGGAAUGAAAUUCCUCUCACAACUAUAUUUUAUGUACUAAUUUUCGCAUUUAUUUGAAUGUGAAUUCACUAACACAAUAAUUUAAGUAAUUUCUUCUAAGCGAGUGCUAUCCAUUAUAUCACGUAAUACUUAUUUUAAGUUAAUAACAAAAGGAGAGAAUAAGAUUGCAUUGGAAAUGUAUACUUUGCAUAAUAUUAUAUUAUCAUGAGCGUCAAUUGUAUUAAAUACAAUAUGUAAGCUAAGCUUGGUAAAAACUAGGUUAUACUGAUUUGCAAUAUAAAUGCUAUUUUACGUUCGUGGAAAAUUGUAGCGUUUAAUAUUAUCAUAAUCUGUGUAGUGCUGUCAAACUCCCACAGAUAAUGAAACGAAAUUCAAAAAACGGCAAUUCUAACAUGUCAUUAAUUAAAGCUCUGAGGCCUUACAAUUAAUGAAAUUAUUUCAAGUUCAUUAUUAUUAAAACGAUUUGACAAAAAAACAAAAGUUGUAGUCUAAAAACAUUUUGCAACUUUUUUUCGAAUCAUACGUUUGCAUAGAUAUGAACAUUUAUUUUACUCAUUCAUAUAUUAAGCUAUUGUAAGGUCUCAAAUGCUAAAUGCUUUCAUGAGAAAGUUUUAAAUAGGUAUAUUUCUGAGUAAUUAAUUCAUACUGUUUAGACAUAGGACACUUAUUAAAAGUACAAUUGAUUACAAAAAGACAGUAGGUCAUAGCAACAUCUUCUAUUGCAUUUAUUUCUGAUCUCAUACGAGAUAUUUUUACCCGCUUAGAUUUACUUUGACAAUUACGUCUCAAUAAUUUAAGGUAUUUAAAGUUGUUUGCUGAAAUUCUAUUCAUAAUUCCCGCUUCAAUAUAGCUUUUAAAUCUUCAGAUCUAAUUAGUACGCGAUAUCUCUAUACAAAUUAAAAGAAUUUAUUGAUUUAUAUUUUAUAUAUUUUCUUAAAUCUUAUUAACAAAACACCGUAUUAUCUACACUUUUUAUUCAAUGUCUGAUCGUUAGGUUUGUCUUGAUGUAAUCUUUAGGAAAUUAUUUUACACCGUCUUUGCGGUUCUAAAUAUUUUUUAUCUGUAAAAUAUCUUCAAAUACAUAGCCAGCACAAUUUUAUAAAUAAUAUUAAGAGAGUGAAUUUGUCAUUAUUGUAUUCCAAAUCUAUAAUAAAUUAGAUUCCGCAUUGUUUUAGACAGCCAAUUAGAAGUUUAGGCCUUCGUGUUAUUUUAAUUUUAUUAUACAGUUGGCUACAGAUUAUUAUUUUUACGUCUUCCAUUUACGCUGUAGUUUAUAAUCUAUUUACAUCUAUUACAUAUUUACUCUGUAUCCAUUUUAAUGUAUUAUUUUGUCAUUGUAUAGUCAGCAGAAAAUUAUUUCUACUUACGAGCAAUAAUUGCGGAUUUAGUGCAAUACACGUUUAGUUUGGCGUUAUAUUAUGUUGUAUUAUACUUUAAUGUGCUUACAUUAUAUUUUACUGUAAGGUUAAUAUUACAUAUAGUAUAGAUAAGCGAAUAAUUGGUAGCCAACAUAGGUGGCCUAUAUUUUUUUUAAGUGUUACCUUCAUCGUAUGUACACUGCCACAAUCGCCAACCGCUGUCACAAAUUAUAAAAAAAAUUAAUAAGUAUUAAUUUUUAUCACAAUAGAGACUUGUUGAAACAGUUCCACAAUAAAGUAAGAGUUGUUGAAUUUUUUAUAAAAGAUAAAACAUAUUAGAUAUUAUGAUCUUGUAGUCUGGAUUGAGGUUUUUUUACAGAUUUUAUUAGUCAGGAGUCUCGGGCUACGGCGCCUAUUCAGCUUAUUUUUGCUACAAUACUUAUUUAAAUACAAUAUGACAUAUACCGAAUAGUACAAUAGAUAUACAGAUUUUACAAGAUAUACAAUAGAUUUUUUAUACAACAACGCAGUGAUAUACAUGUUACAAAGAUUUUUUUAAAAGCCUAGUGGGCGACGUAGCCCUCCUUAGAUAAUAUUGGUUUUCUGUGAAAUGGGUGCUCUGAUAUUAUUAAUUGUACAUAUUUAUUAUAAUAUACAACAAUAGACUGGUAAUUUUACAACGUUGUUAGGUUUCUACAGAAUUAUUCCGGGGCUGUGAAGCAUUGAUUUAAACUAUUGCGAAUGUUUCUCGCAUUCGUUUGAGACGCGAUUUGCGUUCACCCACUGUCUUCCAGUGUUGUUCUUCACUUAUUCAUACUUUCGACACGUGACAAAAGUAUUAUUUUAGCCAAUAAAGCGAUAUUAUUUUGCCGAAUAAGUAAACCCCAUUACUAGCUACUUUUUAUACCUAGAUUGAAUAUAUAUUUACUCUUCCGUAUUCGAUAACGUAACGUCAAUUUGUACCUAGUUGUAAGAUCUACAAGCACCAUUUUUCUGUAAAGUCUUCGUCACGUUUUGGAAUACGGUCUAGUCUAGAAUAUUGUAGUUGUUAUAUUGCAAGGCCUAGAAAUCAUUUCUUUGCAGCCCCGUUCAUCAAUGUUACAAUAGAGUAUAUUUUCUUACAUACAAAUACACCGAAAUAGACUAUAUGAGAUUGAUUUAGUACAAUCCCAGAAUACAAGAUCGAACUUUUUACACAGAACAUAAUGCAGGUUUCAGUUUUGUUCACCAUAGACUUUUUAUAAUUUGUUUUCGAAACAGUUGGUUGCGAAACGGUCACAAAGAUCCAGGCGAAAAAAUUCACGUUGGCAAUUAAUAUAAAAAUUAAUGUAAAUAUAUUUUCUAGUUCUUCCAAAACGAUAUCAGUAUUAAAUACAAAAUUCGAUUCGGUUAGGUCAAAAGUAAGUGUGAUCUUAUAGAAAAAAAUUGUAUUAGAUUCUUCACGAUGUAACUUUUUUCGAAUAGUUAUUUUUUAAUAAUUUUAUUUAGUUGAUUGUAUAAUAUUCUUGCCUGUAAUUGCAUUUAUAUUAGUUACAUAUGCGUUUGAAGUUGAUACCAUCGUAUUUAUGUAUAUUAUUAUUCAAUUAAGGGUUUUGUUUGUUUUUGUCAUUUAAUAGAAGUAAAAUGUUGUAAAAAGUAAGCUCGUUGUAUUUUAUCAAAUAAACACUUUUUAGUCCAACUGAAGCAA